AUGCAGUCGCAACAGCGCCACUACACCGCGUCCUCCACACUCUGCCCGACACUUAGCGGUGCAGACGUCACCUCAACGCCGGUGUUCAUUCUCGAUCUGGGUAGCCGUACCAUCAAGUCGGGCCUGCACACCGCUACAACCCCGCACCUCACACCCGCUCUUGCUGGCACCCCAAAGUACCCACGCUGUCUACCAGAGACGUCAUCUUCCUCCGAUCUAAGUAGCAGCAUCAGCACCAGCCGUUUCGUGGUAGGACGUGACGCUACCGCUCGACGCAGCCUUCUGCGGCUCAGUCGGCCCAUUCAGCACGGAGGGGUCAUCAAGGACUGGGCGGGCGCACGAGCUCUGUUGCUGCAAAGUAUUCAGAAUGCCCUGACCCCUCCGCCCUUGUCACCAGUGGCGCGGCAGUCUUUGGUGAAAGAGGGCGAAGAGGUGAUCUACUCACUCGUCGAGAGCCCCUUUGCGUCUCGACAGCAGCGAGCCAGGUGGGCAGAACUCCUCUUUGAAAGCCCUGGCCAGGAAGCCGUCGUGACCGAUGGCGGCAAGCAGCAACGCGUGAUUCCUCGUGCGGCCGGUGUGUUCUGCGGCGUGGGUCCGCUACUAGCCUUGUAUGCCACCGGGCAAACAACCGGUCUCGUCAUCGACGUCGGCGACGGUGCUGUUAGCACCGCCGCGGCAGUCGACGGCUAUGUUCUGCCUCAGUGUCUCCAGCGAGAGGCAGACAGCGCAACAGGGGCGGUCGUUACGUCGUACUUGACGCGCUUGUUGUACCAAAGCGGCGUCCUCGGCCCAGCUGCUGUGGCACCGUCGCUCUUUGGCACCACAACAAGCAACCUCAGUAACGGUGCUGGCGCCGGCACCCAGCAGGAGCGCGAGCUGGUUUACGCAAUCAAGGAGGCGCGCUGCAAUGUAUCUGCCACGCCGCUCUUUUCGACCAAGUCGUCCCCUGCCACGGCAGGCGCCAGCGCUGCUGCCACACCGUCUCUCGACGAGCUUAACUCUGCCCUGAUUGCCGCUGCUCAGCGCACACAGGACAGCAGGUUUGGUGGCAAUGGUGCAGCCCACGCCGGUGCCCCGUCCUCGCGCCCCUUCACUCUCCCAGACGGCCGAGUUGUGGAAGUUAGCGCUGCGGAUGCCGCACAAGCAUCUGAGGUGCUCUUCUAUCCAGUUCUUAUGGGGAGUGAGGGCCGCGGCGUGGUUGACGUGGCGCUGGACGCUGUGGCCGCCGCCCCGGUGGACUUGCAGUCGCAGCUGCUUGGAAACCUUGUCGUGACGGGUGGUGCGACGUGCAGCACAGGUUUUGGAUGCCGUUUCUUUAAGGAGAUGCAGCAGCGUGUUCGCGGAAGUGCUGUAUUGUCCACCGGCGGCACCUCGAAUCAGCGCCUCUGUGUGUCCGCCCCAGAGCAACGCGCCUACGCAGCGUGGAUGGGAGCCAGUUACGUGGCACAGCUAUCGUCGUUUGCAAGCAGCAUGGUCGUGACGCGCGCGGUCUAUGAAGAAGAGGGUGAGACCGCCCUAGCAAGGAAACUGCUGACAUAG